AUGAAUGUCUAUAUAUUGGCUGGCGUUACGGCAUUUUUCUGUGUAAUUCUACACUUUAUUUACAAGACCUUCUUUGGCCAACAAAAAUGUGAUGUACAAAAUGAUGAAUCUAAGAGCGUAACAGGCGCUCAAUCGGAAACGGCAUCCGAAACCUCUAAUAAUGAAAAUCGUCCGAGUGGGAAAAGCAAGAAGCGCGGUACGUGGAAAGCUGGAAAGACGGAUUUCAGUCAUCCCUGGCUGCUGAAGAAUCUCAAAGGUCAUCCAGGCAAUGUACUCCUCAUGGAUUUCUCCGCUAACGGCAAAUUCUUGGCCGCUACCUGUGACGGUGAUAAUGAUACGCCUGAACAAACCUACCAGUAA